AUCCGAAGGCACCGGGGCGCGAGUGGGGGCUCCUCCAGUCGGUUCAGUGGUCACUCCCCGGCUCCCUUCCCAAUCCCUCCCAACAGCUCCCCGGAUGGCAUCCUCCUAAACCUGCUAGCUGGACAACCACAAUGCAAAUGUACAAAACAGCUUAUGUUUUGGAUUGGUUCGGUGCUUAUAACAAUUUCCUGAAAAGGCGAAUGUUCCCAAAGCUGUGAAAGGCACGAGAGAGGAUAAGAAGGAAGAAAACACACGGAGACCGUUAACCUCACUAGGUAACGCUAACGAGAAGAACAAAGAUGCCUGAGGUCCGGGACCUUUCUGAAGCAUUGCCAGAGAUGCACAUGGACCCCAUCACUGGAGUGGGAGUUGUAGCCUCCAGGAACAGGGCCCCCACUGGAUAUGAUGUGGUUUCUGCAACAACGGACGGCCUGGAUGCUGACCUGUGGAAAGACGGCCUUUUCAAAUCCAAGGUGACGCGCUACCUCUGCUUCACCAGGGUCUUCUCUAAGGAAAAUAGCCAUUUGGGCAAUGUUCUUGUGGACAUGAAGCUGAUCGAUAUAAAGGACACUCUGCCUGUGGGAUUCAUCCCCAUCCAAGAGACUGUUGACACCCAGGAGCAGGCCUUCAGGAAGAGGCGUCUCUGCAUCAAGUUUAUCCCACGGGACUCCACAGAGGCCGCCAUCUGUGACAUCCGGAUCCUGGGACGCUCUAAGCAGGCCCCCCCCCAGUACACCUUCAUAGGGGAGCUUAACAACAUGGGGAUCUGGUACCGCAUGGGGACCGUUCCUCGGGCCCAGGACUCCACAAACACACCAACCACCAACAACGUCCACGUGAGCUCGUCCUCCAGCUCUGCGCCUGUCCCACCCGCUCCCAUGCUCAAACAUAUUUCCAUGACCCUCCCAGCCAGCUUCAGAGGGAAGAACACUACCAGGCCAGACUACGAGCACCAGAACUCCAACCUGUAUGCUAUCUCAGCGAUGGAUGGCGUGCCUUUCAUGAUCUCUGAGAAGUUUGCCUGUGCCUCGUCUGAUCUGCAGCAGGUGGAUCUGAUGGGCAUCACCAUCAAGUCACUGGCUGAGAUUGAGAAAGAGUAUGAUUACAGUUUCCGCACGGAGCACAGUGCAGCAGCCCGCCUCCCACCCAGUCCAACCAGGACCUCCCUGAGCUCUGAGGCCUGAGGACGCCGGCCCGCGGAGAGAGCCGAACACCACUACUGAGCACCCUGAGAGGAAGACACUACAACAGCAAAUAUGUCCUGGUCUCUAUGUGUUAGUUGUGCUGAUGAAUUGUAAAGGAAAGUGAACCACUAAGAGCAGAUCAAAGCAGAACCCUGGGGGAUUCUGGGUGAAACCACUAGGUCCAACAUGGAUGGAGUGACCCAUUGUUGGACAAAACAGACCUUUCUUGGUCAAGGAAAAGUGAAAGGACUCUCACUCAUUAGAAUAAUGUUUUCCUGAACUAUGGUGAAGUGUUGUUGCCAGACACCCCGCCCAGCCUGGAGAUGAAGCAUGAUGGAGGCCGCUCUGACUAUCAUGCUUCCUUGUUCCAGGCCCAGCUGCUGCUCUUUGAUUGGCCAGGCCCAGCACCACAGGGCCAGUCCUCCCAGCUCAUUUUAGGAAAU